AUUUUAUAGAGUUUACGGUCUUAAUAUUUUGGAGGAUUUGAGAUCAAAAGAAUAUUUCAGCUUAAAUUGGUAAGAAUAGAGCAACAUUUUUCUAAAUUUGGCCAACUUAUAAAUGUGGAGAUAUUGUAUGGAAAAACUCGAUCCUUUCCAAACUAAUGCAUUAUACAUUAUCAAAAUGCGGAAGACGCAGGCGCUGCCUUGAAACAUAAAUAUCAUACAAUCAACCAUCAACGUGUUGAAGUGCAGUCAUGCCCAAGUUGGGAGCAACCUUAUUUAAUGGAAAAUUUAUUUACGAAGUCCAACAACAAUGUGAAUUUACUUACUUUAAACGAUUACUGUUUAGAAAAGAUUUUUCAACAUCUUGACUUGCGUCAGCAAUUGCGUCUUUCGUUAUGCCAUUCACGUUUGGAUAAGAUCUUCACAUAUAUGAUUUGUCCACGUUUACAACGAACGUUUUAUUUGGAAGAGCUUUUACAAUUUUCAACAUGGGAGCAGCGUCAGUUUCUUAAAUCCGUGGGUAUAUAUAUGGAACGAUUUGUAAUUGCAAAAGAAUACCAAGGCUUUAAGUCUAUAAGGAACAUACGUGCCUUAUUGCAAGAGUUCCAUUUACGUAUAAAAAGCCUAUAUAUUAUCGCAUGGAUGCCGGUGCAAUAUAGGACGCUUCUUACUUCGUUACAACUAAGCUAUAUAGGUGAAUUGGAAAUGUAUCGAUGUAAAUUAAAAGACAAAGAUUUGAAAUACUUCCUUAAAUUACCCAAUCUCAAAGUUCUCGGUUUGGCGUGUAAUUAUUCCAUAAAGGGCACAUAUUUAAAGUGUUUCGGAAAAUUGGAAAGAUUAAGCUUAUACCAUUGUUGGAACAUUUCCAACGAUGAAUUUUCUCAGUGUUGUCGGCAUUUGCAGCUUAGCUACUUAGACAUACGUAGUAGCAUUCGUACUACGGAAACAGUUGUAGAUUUGUGCAAAAAUUUGGAUACAAUAAAAUUGUCGGGUUUCAUUGAAGAUAUUGUCAAAUUACCAAAAUUAAGGUCACUGGAGGUAGAUCACUCCAACUCGCCGAUUACAAUCCGUUUUUAUAAUGCUCUUGUCGAACAUCAUGCUGAUAAUUUACGCGAGUUAAAAUUGACUGGUAAAACAUACCUAAUACUUCCAACCGUGGCUAGAAUUGUACGUUUGCACAAAUUACGUACCUUAUGGUUAGGAGAUCAUGCAUACAACGGAUCAGAACAAGUUGUCCAACUUGUUACAAAACUGAGUGAUUUGGAAGAGAUCAGCUUACAUUAUUCCCUACGUAUUAGAGAUCAACAUUUACUGCCGCUCAUAAUUAAAUGUACCAAAUUGAAACGUAUCAAUCUACGUAUGUGUCGUUAUAUCACAAAUAAUUUUAUUUGGAGCACAUUAGAAAUACUAUCAAAGCGUAUAGCUGCAGCCCAGCCACUCGUUAUUUUAGUUUACGGUACACGCAUCAAAGCUGAUAUUUUACGGUCUUCUGUUUAUCAUAAAAACCGUCACUUGUUGAAAUUAUUGUUUCAUGCCGAUAAACCGCUGACGGGUCUUGUAAAUGAAGGCAGUUCAUUUGAAAUUAAUGAUUUUGAGCUGAAUCGUACUACCAUUGAUACUAUUGAUGUUGAAUUCAUGAAUGAUUCGUCUGAAGAGAACAGCAUUGGAGAACAGCAUUGAUACUAUUGAUGUUGAUUUCAUGAAUGAUUCGCUUGAAGAGAACAGCGAUGCAAGCGAUUAAGAUUUAGCAUUAAAUAACAAAAACUUGGAUUUAUUAUUAUUGGUAUUUAUUAAUUUUUGUUUAUAAAACUUGCUUUUAGUUCACAAUGUG